UUAUAAAAUGGAUGUCAACAAAAACACUUUGCUGCAUAGAGAUGAUGACUCAAGUCAUGCACAAAUUGCAAAAAAUAGACCUUACUUAGUCUUGGGCUUGAAGGCCUAUAGACUUAGUUCAGAGUCAAUACCUCAUAAGCAAUCUUUCUUAUGUAAUUAGCAGCGAAAGUAAGUUAAAAGGUAGAUUGUGUGAAUGAGUGCUUAAUGUUGUAUGUGCCCAUUCAGAAUUUUAAUGGGGUAAAAAAGUAUUACCUUAUUCAUUUUCAAAAUGAUUCACAAACAUUUUUACAUAUUUAAUUGAAUCUGAAGCAAAAGAUGACAAUCUUAAAGGUUCGUUUGUGAAAAUAAGCUGAAGGAUAAUGAUGUAUAUCAUAGCUUGUAACAUGUCUUUCAGAUUCUAUCACUUCGGUUUGGGAGAAUAACUUGAACCCAAGAGAAAAAGACUUUACCCUAGACAUCAAUCUGGGCAUAAAGAUCAGACCUUGUAAAGAUCUCUGUUACUGAGACCAAAAUCACAGCAGAUUUUGGUCUCAGUAACCAAAAUCUUCUGGUUACACUUGACAAAAAUGUUCAAGCCUUUUCAAAGUGAUUGUUAAUGGUAACGAUCCUCUGGGCAAUCAGUAAUAGCAAUUCAAAAUGACAUUUGUUCCAUGUAUGUAAGUGUGCACUGUGCAGUUCUUUCUUCCUUUUACUUAAUUAAGAGACAAACUGAAUAAAGUUUGUCGAUCACAUGAUCCCUAUGAUGAUUCCUUUGUGACCAUAUUUCCAGGUGAUAUGGAGGAGUUCGAGGCCCUGUGGCUGACAGGAAUCUGUCACAACGAGAAGAACGAGGUGAUGAGCAGCCAGCUGGACGUAGACAACAUGGCAGGGGUCUUCUACAUGCUCGGGGCUGCCAUGGUUCUGUCACUGAUCACCUUCAUCUGUGAACAUUUGUUCUACUGGCAGCUGCGUUUCUGCUUCAUGGGCGUGUGCUCGGGGAAGCCCGGGGUCACGUUCUCCAUCAGCAGAGGUAUCUACAGCUGCAUCCAUGGGGUACAUAUCGAGGAAAACAAGUCAACCAUUGACUCACCAUCUUCUACCAUAAAGAAGAACAUGAACAACACCCACUCCAACAUCCUACGGUUACUUCGAACUGCUAAGGACAUGACUGCAGUCCCAGGCGUUAAUGGCUCUCCACAUGCAGCCCUAGAGUAUAGCCACAGUAGCCGUGAAGCGGCCAUCUAUGAUAUCCAGAAGCACCGGCAUAGCCUGGUGGGUCACCCUGCAGAUUGUAAGUCUGCUCCGCCCUAUCUUCCAGAGGAUCCCAUGUUCAGUGAUUAUAUCAGCGAGGUGGAGAGGACUUUUGGCAACAUGCCCCUGAAGGACAGCAACCUCUACCAGGACCAUUACCGGCACCACCACCCGGCCUCGGCUCUGGGUAUGUCCGGCCCCCCACCCAAUAGGCCGCGUAGCUUAGGCAGCGCUAGCUCAUUGGAAGGUGGCAUGUUCGAUGCUGACAGUUUGGGGGGAGGGGUAGCACCCAUUUUCACCACCCAGCCCCGCCCCUCAAUGACUCACAGGAAUACAAGUAAAUUUGACCUGAUUGCAGGCCACGCCGCUGCAGAUACCAAUCAGGGUGGGUUCAAAGGAAGCAAUGUUUACGGGAGGUUUUCUUUCAAAGGAGGAGCAUCCAGCACUGGGCUCAUCGGGGGACACGACAGGUACUGUGGUGGGGGAGGGGGAGGCUCAGGGGGUGACGAUGGGAAUAUUCGCUCUGAUGUGUCGGACAUCUCCACGCACACUGUUACCUAUGGAAACCUGGAGGGCAGCACCAAGAGGCGUAAGCAGUACAGGGACAGCCUGAAAAAGAGGCCAGCCUCCGCGAAGGUCAGACGGGAGCAGGACGAGAUAGAGCUGAACGCCUUCAGGAAGAGACCCCACCACCACACCGUCCACCACCACUUCCCCCAUGGGCCUCUGGCACACCGCCCGGUCUCACCUCCCCUGGAGCGGAAGAGGGGAGGAGGAACGGGUAAUUCUUCACCUUACAUAUUCCGCAAAGACAAAGACAACCUGAGGGAUUUCUAUGCGGACCAGUUCCGCUCCAAGGAGGGCAAGGCCAAGUGGGAGCAAGAGGGUGGAAGUGGAGGAAGCGGUGCAGGCGGUGGUAGUGGUGGUGGUAUCUGUAAAAGCUUAGUGCCUGUGGAAGACUUCCUCAAAGGUAAAGGGAAGAAAACAGAGUGCAAAGGUGGCAUUGGUGGAAUGUCAGCAGGGCAACAGGCUCAUACUUGCUGGGAGAAAGGAGUUUCUGGCCUUGGAGGGGGAGGAAUAGCAGGGGGUGACUGGGAGUGUCGUAACUGCCACACUGUUUGUCAUCACAGUGGAGGAGGAGGCAGCACGUGCUCAGCUAGUGGAGUUGGGGGGAGUGGCAGUCGCCCCAGCUCUGCUACGCUCUGCAAACGCUGUGACUCCUGCAAGAUACAGCCAAGCAACCUUUAUAACAUCAGUGAGGAUAACAACAUGAUUUUUAGUGGUGUGAAGAGCAGCAUAGGACCUAGUCAGACACCGACUCAGACACAGCGCAGGAAACUAGGGCCAGGUGGGAAGGUGUUACGGAGGCAGCACUCUUAUGAUACAUUUGUAGAUCUGCAGAGAGAGGGAGCUGGUCGCAUGGGUGGGGUUGGAGGCGGUAUUGGCGGGCAGUUUGUUCAGCCCCGAAGUGUGAGUUUGAAAGAAAAAGACCGUUACAUGGAGGGCCCCAGUCCCUAUGCACACAUGUUUGAGAGAUAUUCGGGUGAAAGGGAAUCUCCCAUGUUUGGAGGAAUAGGUGGGGAUAGAGCAGCAGGAGGGUCCUCCUUCAGUUUGUACCGUGGAGGAGAAGGUGGGUUGCAUCGACGUUCAGUGGGGGAGAGAGACCUGAGGGACAGAGACAGAAAUAUGAUGGGAGGAGGGGGCUGUGGUGGUGGUGGUGGUGGUGGUAACAGAGGGGCUGGGACUUACUCCUUGUCUAAAUCUCUUUACCCAGAUAAGGUGAACCAGAACCCCUUCAUCCCAACCUUCGGUGACGACCAGUGUCUAUUACACGGUGCCAAACCGUACUACAUCAAAAAGCCACAGACGCAGCAGCAGCAACUUCUCAACAACAGCCGAGGAGGAGGGGACUUCCGCGGCUCCAUGGGAGCGACUUCCUAUUUGCCCGCAUCUGCCACAGCUGGGGUGAUGUCCAAUGUGGCCACAAGGUACCCCAAAGAGCUGUGCCUGGGUGGGGUGGGAGGGCCCAUGGGGAACCACCACGGGGCCAACAAACUGCUGUCCGGAGGCAGGGACACGUUAGGUCUGGGACAGGGACAGAGACCCUUCAAUGGUGCCAAUGGACACGUUUAUGAAAAGCUCUCGAGCAUUGAGUCAGAUGUCUGAGACUGGUCAGAGGAAGAAAGGGAGAGAUAGAGAAGAUGAAGUGGGUGAAGAAAAGAGUGGAAAAGGACAAAAGCUAAUGACUUCUCUAUGUGAAGAGAAUGAGGGUACACAACAGUGUGUGUUGUUCUCGGUCUUCUAAAAGGAGAGGUUCUGGACAAAACACAGGGGCCUCUGCCACAUAAAGUUUGGCAAAGUUCAAAGUGAGAGAAGUUUUUAAUGAGACGAAAGGAUUCUGGUGCUGCUCCAACGCUUGAGCGAUCUGAAGGGAAGAGAAAGGAGGGUUGGAGGGAGUGGGAAAAGGUGAGAUCAAUUCUCCAGGCUCUGCUCUCCUCACAUCCUUAUGGUCUUUCCCUCCUUCCUGCAGUCUGUCCAAACAUUUUGUUUAGCAACUGAUAUACAAUCAUGAAUGAGAAAUCUACACUUCUGCCGAAGUAACAGGGUAAACUAACAAUAAUUGUAUUGAUGAUGUUAAUAAUAUUAUUGAAUAUUAUUCUAGUGUUUAAUGAUGAUGAUCAGUUUGUAUUGUUUUAUAUUAUUAUUACUAUUAUUAUUAUCAUUAUUUGAUUUAUUGAAAUAGUUCAUGUUAUAUAUUUGUAUGAUCUUAAUUCUUUCUUAGUUCGCCAACAUUACAGGAGGCUGGGCAACAAGUUCACUGAUAUUUGUUGGUUUUCUGUAUCUUCUUUCCUAUAAAUUCUUCAUGUUUUACUUUUUUAACUUUUCUUACUUUGACUGCAGUGAAUUGUAUGUAAGAGGCAUGAUAAGCUGAGAGCAUUAAAUGUACUUUUAAAUUUGUGAUAAUUUUUUUUUUCAACUGCAGAAUCAACAUCAUCAUACUGAUUUGCGGUUUUUGUUACUUGCUUCGCCAGUACCAAAAGGGUUUCUCAAUUUGCGCUGGAUGUGCCUUAAUGGGACUUACACUGAUUUUCUAUCCAUUUUCUUUUGAUAGGAAGAUCCUCUUGCAAUCAGUCAACUGAUUUGGGAGCAAAGAUACACGAGAAAAACAUUCAAUAUUAUAGUUUUAGUUUCAUCUGCUGCCAUUAAACUAAGCUUGCAAUGAACAAAUUGAAAGACACCAUGGGCAUUAGAUCAAGAGGAAAUAUAUUACAACAUUCCUUUAUUUUUAACACUUCAGUUAACAUAACUAUGGGAGACUUAUUUUAUUUAAAUAAUGUAUUGAACCCAAGCUCCUUAUACGAAAUGUUCAAGAAACUACCAAAGUCAAUAUAAUCUUUAUCGCUUAAACCACAGAGAUCUAGCAUUACUUACUGUUUUUAUACAUUACAAAAAAUAUUGUUACACAUUUAUUUUAAGUAAAAUCAGAAAUAAUACUUAGUUGCAAUGUAUCAGUGAAGUUGCAAUGACACAUUGCAACUUCAGAGUGCAUAAAGAUAACGAGGCUACUACAGCCACAUGCCAGUAUGGGAAUAAAGGCUGGAAAGAGUGAGAUAACAGUCCUUCUGGUUUUUUCUAAAGAUAGUAAAAUGACUUGUCCAGCACCUCUGAAGUUUACUAAUUAAUAUUGAAUAAGAUAGUUUUGUUUGCAAGUUUUAAAAAAAGAGCAAAAUAUUGCUGCCUAUACAUCAAGUAUAUAAGGAGUGAUCCAAAUGUUAGUUGUGUAAUGUUAGUUGUGUAACUGAAAAACACAUGAGCAAACAUUAUGAUUUGUCCUGUGCUGGGACAGGGGGACUCCAACACCAUUGACUCUUUAAGGAAAUGGCUGCUUUAUUAUUCCCCAAUUCUUGAAGAUAAUGGUAAAAAUAGACCAUAGCUGUUCUCUCAGUCGGUGUCUGCAAAGUGUUUACUUUUGCAGAUGAAACAAUCAAAAUGUUGUCAUUUUCUAGGCUUUAGUUUUUAUAAUGCUUUUACCUGCUGAUAC